GUAAAAUUGAUUUAUGAAAUAUUGGAAUAAUAUCAUCAUAUAUUUUGUUUUGAGAAAUUGAUAAAUCUGAACAAUAUCCUACAAAACAUCUGUUAAUAACGGAAUUUAUUGUAAAAUGAUUAUAAUUUUCUAGAUAUUUUGGAUAUUCAAAUAAUGGUUUGUAUUCUUUAUCAAAAUUAAUAUUAUUAAUCUGACUUGGUCCUAGUUGAUUCUUUAAUUGUAAAAUUUCCGCUUUAUUAAAGCAAAAAAUUAAGGUCAAGAUUAUCGGAUAAUUUCUUUCAGUUAUAUUUACGAAAGGAUUUGCAUAAAGUAAAGGAAUCGUUGAUUUACACCAAAAUCGAUUAACUAAUAAACAAUUAAAUAAUGUUGACCGAUCAUUUUGAAGGUGUUGUAAAAUAUAAUAAAUGCAAUCAUCAGUUAAAUAAGGAAGGAAAAGAAAAUUCACGGAGUCUCGGAAUUAAGGCUUUAUAUAAGUCUAAUUUUGGAUAUCACAUGGUUGCACGUAUGCACCAAGUCUGUCAAGUAGAUUUCUCAAAUAAAAGAGCAGAACUUGUUUUUGGAUAUGUGCUUCAAAAUUUCGCAAUUACAACAAUUAUGAAAGAAUUUCGACAAUAUACAGUCGCCACUGGAUAUAACGAACCUGCCGUUCCAAGCGUUUUGUGCAAAAAAUUCGGUUCUGUGAAACUUGGUUCAGUACAACAAGUUUUCGGUACAAACAGAAGAUUGGAGGUGGAAGUUUGUGGAUUUCCUUGCAUCAGUAUAUUAGGUUGUGAUAAAUCAGAUCAAAAAGUGUUUACAAAAGCUCAAGUCAUCACAAGAUCAAAGAAGGAUUAUUAUACUGGUGAUCGAUAUCUUGUUUAUUCAAUGAAAUAA